AGACCGAAAGCCAACUCCACUUCAGCAACAUGUACAAGCUCCUGGUCCUGUCUGCCCUUGUGGCCGCCGCCUCUGCCGGAUACCUGGGAGGCUACGCCGCCCCCGCCAUCGCCGCCCCCGUGGCCUACGCCGCCCCCGCGGCCUACGCCGCCCCCGCCAUCGCCCACGCUCCCGUAGCCGCUGUGGCGCACGCCCCUGUCGCCUCCUCCGUGGCUAACACCUACAGGAUCUCGCAGACCGCCCGUCUCGCCGUCGCCGCCCCCGCUGUGGCUCACGCUCCCGUGGCCUACGCCGCCCCUGCCGUCGCCGCCUACGCCGCCCCCGCCGCCUACGCCGCCCCCGCCGCCUACGCCGCCCCCGCCGCCUACGCCGCCCCCGCUCUGGGCUACGCCCGCUACGCCGCGGCCGCUCCUGCCCUGAGCUACGGCUACGCGGCCCCCGCUCUGGGUCAUGCUCUGAUCCAUUAGGACUCCCACCACAUGCACCUGAUUCAUAACUCAUAAUCAAAUAAACAUUUAAAAACUCAAA